UAGUAUUUGAAAUUGUUGCUGUAAGAUAUACAUCUGCAAUAGUUUAGUUGAGAUGUUAAAAUUUGUUUUUAUUACUCUUUUUGGAUUAAUUGCUGUAGAAGCGGGUGUCGUUACGGAUUUAGAUGCAUGUAAUAACGAUACUCCUCUACCAGACUCCGUAGAUGUAUCCGGAUGUACCUCACAACCCUGUCCCCUUAUCAAAGGGAGUGAUGUUCAACUUAUUUUAAAUUUUACAGCUCCGUACGAAUUAGAUGGUUUUAAUGUCACAGUGAGGGCAUCCUUUAGCAUUAUUUCAAUUAAUUACAACCUUCCAGACCCAGUAGGGUGCAACAAUUUAAUUAAUACAAGAUGCCCUUUGGAAAAAAGUGAACCAGGGUCUUAUCGAUUGAUAAUGCCCGUGAACUCGGCGUACCCUACGAUUUCCAACUUACGCCUCAGGUUCUCACUUAUCGAUCCUGAAGCAAAAUCAUUUGCGUGUUUUGUAAUAAGAACGUCUGUAAUGUCUGCUUAAAAUGAGAUACGUAUACAGCAAUAGUACCUAUUCUUUUACUGAUCGCUUAUUAACAAUUGUAUUACUAUUUUAUUUAAGUAAUUAAUUAUUUAUAUGUAUACUUACGUAAGUACUUAUUUUAAAGAGUAUGGACUUACUGUGAAUUUUUAAAUCUAAACUAAAAGUUAAUAAAAAGAUACGCUUAUUGAAUUAUAUAACAUUAUCGGUAUUUUAAUUAGUAGUGGUUAAACUCACUUAAGAUGUUCUAUUUGCUGUAUGUUUUGUACCUUAUCUAUUAAAUAAAUGCCAAAAAAAAAAACAAACACUGCACUUU